ACAGAGUAUGCUCAACGGAGAGAAUCAUCACACAGUGAACAUUAUCGUUCUUCGUCGAGAAAUUCAGUUGUAUUUUUUUUUCUUUAUUUUGUUAUUUCGCACAAUGAAAUCGACAGCGGUUGAUUGAAGGCAACGGAACCAACGAAACCAAAGUGAAAACGAAAAUAUUGUUUCGUCAGCUUUCAAUCUCAUAUAUCAUCGGACGGCUUUUAUAAUUGAAUAAAAAAAAUCUGUUUUUUUUUUUCUUAUCGACGGUGCAUCCAAAAACGAAAGACUUUUUUUUCUAUAAAUUUCUAAGUGAUAAUAAACGGACGAAAGAAAAAAGUGGGUUCAAUUAUCUGAAUUUAUUGUUUUUUUAUUUCAUUGUGUUUGUGGCAAAUUGAAUUAUAACUUCAUCAAAACUGUAAUAUCCCCAAAUGAACCAAUGAUUUGGCUCAAUUUUUUUGGACAAGACACGAAUUUAUACAGCAAAGAACAUAUCAUUUUUCUUGUUGAUGAUCGAAAUAUUGACACUUGAGCACACACACACACACACCCCUACACAUACAUAUGAACAAAAUACCAAAAAGACUAUCAAUGGCAUGGAAUUCUCCAUUCGAGUCAUUACUGGUUUAAGCGCAAGUGUUUAUUGAUUUGGAAAGGAUCGUAAAUUUGAUUGAAUAAAAAAAAUAAUUGAAGAAUCGGAAUACCUUGACUACAAUUGGAUAUUGGUGACGAGCAAGCCAACAUCAGCAACAGCAGCAGCAGCAGCAGCAGCAACAAAAGCAAUAUAAAUUAAUUUGGUGCUUAGUUCUGAUUAUGCUAUUAAGAUGGGAAAUUCACGAUUGUAAAACAAUUUUCAACGGUUAUUCUUCAUACUCCGAAAUCCCGUCGGAAAGUAUACACAUUACACACACCGUAGAGUCUCUGCGAGUUUUCCCAUUCACUCGUUACUUGUUUACAUUUCAUUUGUUAAACUAAUUAUACGGUGCACAGUUGUGUUGAAUCCCAUUGACGCUGUUGGAAAGUUGGCGGAAAAAUUGGGUCUCGAACAAAAAAAGGGGACAUCCAGAGUCACAAUCACAACAUCAACAUCAACGAUUUCGAAGUUGAAAACCAUUCAAUUUUGAUUGCACGGAAAUUCAUAAUUCAUCUACUGAAUAAAUAUUACGAAGAAUGAAUAAAAGUACCAAAUGAAGUGUGCCAUCGAAUCGAUGUUUGCUUGAAUGGCAAAUGACAUUUCAAAGGUCGUGACUUUUGAUCAAUACUUUCGAAUUUAUAACAAAGUUUCAACGAAGAUAGAAAAGACCGUUAAAAUAAACAUUUUAAGAAAAGGAAGCGUGAAUAAAUAAAACACACAAAAUCAACUCAAACGUACAUAAUCCCCUUCUAAAAAAAGAGAGAACUUACACAUCGAAUACUUCUCGAGCGGUUCAACGUUUCGAACGUAUGAAAUAAUCAUUUUUUUUAUUCGAGAAUAUAUUUUCAAUGACUGUUGAAAAAGAGGAAAACGUAACUUCGUUUCAAAUGUGCAAAUCAAUAAACUUUUUACCCAAUGUAUUUCAUUAGUUCCGAAUUGGUAUGGCUGACUAAAGCUAAACAGUAGAUAGAAAUAGGAUUUCACCCACAUUACAUAUAUAUUUAUUCACAAAGCAACCGACGGGAACAAAUCAACCGACAAGGUAAACACAAAGCAAAACCACGAGAGAGAGAAAAAAUCGAAAAGAAAAAAGUGUUUAUGAAUGAACGGAAUUUCAUUGAAAACAUGUAAAAUCAAACGAAUAUUCAACAAACAAAAUAUCAAAUUUAAUCUGAUACCAAAGAAAAAUCUCCAUACGUGCGAGUGAUUCACAUCGAUAUACAUUUAUAAGCUCCUUAUGAACAUGAGCUUUGUGUGUGUGUGUGUAUGCGUGACAUAUUUUCAAAGUGAUUUUCAAUCUUUAUGAAACAAAAACCGAAUUUACAAAAUGGUAUUUAUGUGCGAUUUGGUUCAUUGGAGUGAAACUAAGCAGAAACCAAGAUAUUUGUGGAUAGAAGUGUGAAAUACCAAAUCAAAUUGAUUCAAUAGUGUACUUUUGUUCCGAACAAUCAUCGACAUAUGAACGAAAAUAUCCGAGUCAUGCACAAAUCAAUCAUCUAAUCAGCAAAAAAGAGACCUACUUUCGCAGAAAAAAAAGCAUAAAAAACAUCAAAUUAUCGAAUAAAGAAAAAAACAGAAAUGUGGAAAUAAUGCCACCAAAAAGGGUGUGUGCAGAAAAACCUGGAGAUUAUUGUUUCGAUCGGACAUUUGACCUCAACAUGCAGCCAUCGUGUGAGUAAUCUGGAUGGUUUUCCAAAUAAAAACGAAGAAGAAAAAGUGAACGAAUAAUCUGAACAACACCAUAUGAAUGACAUGACGAUGAUAAAAAUCACAUUACAGAGCAUAGCAAAAUUUUAGAACAAACUGAACAAUUGCUGCUUCAAUAAUCUUCUGCAAGCGUGGACUUCAAACGUGCGCGGUUUUUUACCGCUGCUCAUUUUGUGGUCAACGAAUUUGUUCAUACGAAAUCAUCAAUCGCUGUGCUAUUAGCACAAAAAUUUCGGUUUUUCAAAGUGUUUUGGCUCUUUUUUUCAUUUAUUCUGUCCUGCGGUUAUUUCAUUGUAAUGUGAUAUGUCGACAUGAGACAUUUAUUUUGAAAUUACUUACGGCGCGUUUGUCUUUUAAGAAAAGCAGAAGUUUCGUCUUUAAAGCCAGCACUCGCAUUUUACAACAUCGAACGUUUUCUUGCGCAACGAGAUAAAAAGGGAAAGAGCGCUCAAAGUGAACGCAACUACAAUUUAUAUGGUAAUUUUACUGGGGAAGAAUUCAUACAGCUGUUUGUUGCGGUAUCCUCUUUCAAAAAUAAAGACAUUAUCUGGCUGAAGAGAAUUGAUGACCAUUAUUUCAACAAGCGACGUUUGGUGAGUUAAAUCCAUCUUCGUCGUCGUCGUCGUCUUCGACGCAUAGACCGAAUUUGAGACUUGAAGUGUAAAAUUGCUUUAGAGUAAAUGCGUAUAAUAAGCAUACACACAAAUCAGAUUCCGAAAUCAUAGUCGCCUAACACCCAACGCAUUCAAUAUAACAACGAAAAUGUCACCCUAUUGAAAAUUAUCAACAGCUUUAGAAAAAUUUCCAUUCAAUUCGUUGGCCGCCGCGCACCAAUUCAUUCGAAAGCCACAAAUUACUGCAUUGGAAAGUCUUUUCUGAAAGAGACUCGAAAACAAAGGGAGCAAACAGUGAAAAGCUGAACGCACAGCGCACACUCACAUAAAAAAAACGACAAGAACACACGCAACCAGAGAGCUUUCGUGUAAAAAAAAAACAUCGCACAUUCUUCUGUAUGCAUGUUACGAAAAGGCCAAGAUAAAGUCUGAUUGGAAUUGUCGAAUUGCGAUACACGAGAAGAAACACCACAUCAACAGCUAGCACAAGCAAGAAAUACCACUGGCAAAUAGCGAACGGAAAAGAGCAGCAGCAAGAAAAAUUCACUUAAUCUAGACAGAGACAAAAGGGAAUGAGAUAAAGAAAAUGUCGCUUCAAAAUGAUGAGGCCGUCGUGUCAGGCUACGGCAGUUCCGAUGAAACAGCAUCGUUAUUGGUAUUAUCGAAAAAUAAGCAUACAAUUGUUACAUCGUCUGCGUCACGUGGCAACUUGGCCAAAAUGUCUUCGGUGAAUGGGCCCGCCUCAACAAGUGGAACAUCAAAGCCGGUAUUAACGCGACAAGAAUGCACAUCUUCCUAUUUAAUCAGCCCGAACACAUCGCAACUGGGUGGUUCGGAAGAAAGCGGUGGCCCCGGAGAGGAUGAUCAAAUUUCACAGCAAUCGUCAAGCCAUCAGCCACACACAUCAAUGGCAAUGCGGCCAUAUCGUACAUCAUUAAGUGUAAAUGCAACCUCCGUACCGGAUUUAGAUGCACAAUAUCAUUUAGAAGCACCUGUUAUAUCAAUAUCCACACAAUCCUGCCGUAACGGCCAUCGUGGCUCCGUUAGUGGCUACCAGCUGAAUCCACAAGCUCGAUGCCGCACGUGCAGAACAUGUGAAAGACGUGCAUCAACUACACCCGUCUCCUCCCUUUAUUUAGCUCGAUCAGUGUCAAAAGAAAGUGUUCGUAGUCAAGCACAAGGUUAUUUAUCGCCACACUCACUUCACGUUCAACAGCACAUACCACCAGUUCUGAUAACAUCAUCACCAAAUUCCGGAUCGCGAAUCAUUCGGCAAAGUUCACAGCCGGAAGCGAGCAAUGUGAUUUGUUGUCAACAUGCCUGCAGUCAUACGACACCAUCGUUGCGACAACUACGCGAACCCAGCGAAGGUAUUGCUGGCAUUGCGGCCGAUUCGCUACGCAUUAACGGUGCAAUGCGACCCUUUCGACAGGGAGUUCUACUAUGUCCUCAAACUCUAUCGCAAUCUAGAAGAACACGUCUACGAAGAGCCUUCACCGAGGCCACACAAGAUACGCUCCGUAAGCCCGUAUCAACAUUGUCGAUUCCUGGCUCGAUGAAAACACCUUGCACUGGGAAUCGAGAACAAUUAUCAAACGUAUGCAACGAAGAAGCCGGUAUUGCAUUAGUAGGAGUUCACUCCGAAUAUCCAAGGUACAUGGAGGAGCGUGGUCAUAGUGGUCACGGCGGCCUUAUUAAACCACCAGGUGGAUCAAAUGCUAGUCAUAUAUCAAAACAUAAACCAAACGUUGGCUAUCGCUUGGGCAGACGAAAAGCUUUAUUUGAAAAACGAAAACGCAUUAGCGACUAUGCAUUAGUGAUGGGAAUGUUUGGCAUUAUCGUGAUGGUGAUAGAAAAUGAAUUAAGCAGUGCUGGCGUAUACACGAAAGCAUCAUUCUAUUCAACAGCCUUAAAAACCUUGAUUUCUGUAUCGACUGUGAUUCUUCUUGGAUUGAUUGUAGCCUAUCAUGCAUUGGAAGUUCAGGUAAGACUAUUCAUGAUAGACAAUUGUGCGGACGACUGGCGAAUAGCGAUGACAUGGCAACGAAUAAGUCAAAUAACACUAGAGUUAACUAUCUGUGCUGUGCAUCCCAUACCGGGUCAAUACUAUUUCGAGUGGACAACCAAAUUGGCAAACAAAAAUAAGGCAAUCGGUCGUGAAAUUGUACCGUACGAUGUGGCUUUAUCGCUGCCAAUGUUUCUACGAUUGUACCUGAUAUGUCGUGUCAUGUUGCUGCAUUCGAAACUAUUCACCGAUGCAUCGUCACGCAGUAUAGGCGCUCUAAAUCGUAUCAACUUUAACACCAGAUUUGUACUGAAAACAUUGAUGACAAUUUGUCCGGGCACGGUGCUGCUCGUAUUCAUGGUUUCGCUGUGGAUAAUUGCAUCGUGGACGUUGCGGCAAUGCGAGCGAUUUCACGACGAGGAACAUGCCAACCUGCUUAACUCGAUGUGGCUGAUUGCUAUUACAUUUUUGAGCGUUGGCUUCGGAGAUAUUGUACCGAACACUUAUUGCGGCCGUGGCAUCGCUGUAUCUACUGGAAUAAUGGGAGCAGGUUGUACGGCUCUGCUGGUGGCAGUGGUGUCACGGAAAUUGGAAUUGAGUCGUGCCGAAAAGCACGUGCACAAUUUCAUGAUGGAUACACAGUUGACCAAACGGCUCAAAAAUGCAGCGGCAAAUGUACUGAGAGAAACUUGGCUCAUUUACAAACAUACGAGGUUAGUGAAGCGAAUGAACCCCGGACGAGUUCGAGCGCAUCAGAGAAAAUUCUUGUUGGCAAUCUAUGCCUUGCGAAAAGUGAAAAUGGAACAAAGAAAGCUGAAUGAUAAUGCAAACACUAUAAGUGAUAUGGCAAAGAUACAAAAUAAUGUUUAUGAACUCGUAUCCGACAUGUCAACCAGGCAAGACGCCGUAGAGGAGCGGCUAACUAACCUAGAAGAUAAGAUUCAAACACUUCAGGAACGAUUGGAAGCGCUUCCUGAUAUCAUAACGCGAUGUUUGACGCAACAUCAAGACCGUGUCGAACACCGACGGAAUUUUCUGCAUCCAGACACAGCAGCGGUAAGCAAUGCAACACUUUUGCCAACACCAACAAUACCCCCGCCAUCGAUCGGCUCUCCAUUAUUAAUUCCACAUUCAAGAAGUGUCCCGGCAGCAGUGACGACACCCUCAUAUCAAUGGCCAUCAAGUCCAAUUUUACCGCCAAUAUCAAGUCGAACGCCUCACUUAGUGCCAGAAACAUAUGUUCCAACUAGCAGUACUAGUUCGAUAAUCGCAACAUCAGCUACAACAACAACAACCCCAUUGACCACUGUAAAUUAUGCGAACGAAACAAGCACCAGCACUGCGAACAACGCAAGCGGCACCAACAAUAGCAACAAUAAUAAUAAUAACAAUAAUAAUAGUAACAACAAUAGUGCGAUUAAUACAAGCGCUAAUAGUUUCGAGGGUACAAUAGUAACGAGUGCAUCAAACACAUCGAUUGGCAAUAGUAGUAGCGGAACAACGGCAAAUAGCUCAAUAAACGUAACAUCGAAUCGAACAAAUAGCUGAAUGGAGCUUCGACGGCAAUCUUCGAGCACAGCAUCUUCAAACACUUCAACCGAACAGAAUAACAAAUAUUCGAAGAAACGUAUUCGCGUCACACGCGUUUAAAAAAAAAUCCACCAAUACCUAAUUAUUGGAACAUUUUGCAUUCUCGUUUCUCUUUUGUUCUAAUGUCAAUGUAAUAUUCCCUCUCUCUUUCUCUCUCUCACACACUCUUCGCAUUCGACUCGAAUGGGAGAGUUCCCUUUCGUGAGUUCUAUUUUGAUUCUCAUUGUGAUUUUCGUAAGUGAUUGAUGAUUCAUUCAUUUCCUGUGAUGAACGAUUUGGCGAGCUGAAAGAUUUUAAAAAUGAAGCGUUCACCAAUCCAGUUAGCAAAGAUGCUUUUGUUCGGCUGUGAUCGAAGAUUGACCGUUCUGAAGAGAAAAAAAAAAUCUGUAACAAAAAAUGACAAAUUAUAUCUGAAAAUAAAAAUAAAAUCUUUUAAAUUUAAUAAAUUCAAUGAUUUUGCGAAUAUUUGCACCGUCCGUUUCAAGUGAUAAAAAAAAAAUCAUCACCGAAUUUGUCGGUGCAAAGAUUCGCAAAAGCGCAAGAGAUAUCAAAUCGAAUUGAUCAGAAAUGUCUCUUUUUAUGAAUAAACAUUAGUAAUAGAACCAUAGAUUUCUAGACUUUAAAAGUAGUUAUGUAUUACUUUUUAAAAUUAAUGAGAAAAUAAACUAACAAAACUACUGUAAAAAGAACCACAAAACAAUGAAUCUAAUGCACACAAAUGAAAAAUUAUGAUUUCAUCAUUGAUACAAGAAUGAAGAGUAUAAAAGUAUAACAAAUAUCAAUAGGAAAAUAUUUGCAUCAACUGACUUAUUUACUACUAUUAUAUUAGACAAUUCAUAUAAAACACACAUGUACACAAACAUUCAAGGAAAAACAAAUGAGCUCGAAUCUCGUAGUGAAACGUUGGAAAACACAGUAGAGAAAGGGAAUGAUGAAAUUUGUAGCCUUAUUACCUAGUUAAAUCUUUAUAAUCGAUUAUAAUUUAAAAAAAAACACACACACACACAAUAAAUUCAUGUAUCAUAAUUAUUUAAACCGAAAGAAGAAUGGACAAAAGAAAUUGUUUUAGCCCUGUUUCAUUUUUAAAAAUACAUUGUUGACCUUUUGACUAAAAAAAAAAAAAACAUUUAUUCGAUCGUAUCGUAAUGUUCAAAACUCAUUAUUCCACAAUCGAUAUGAUAGAACUUGAUUAAUUAUUAUUAAUAUUGGCCGUGUGAAUGACAUCACCAUUCCCCACCUUACACAAACAAACACGGAUCACGUGAUGAACUUUGGCCACCCUAUUGAAAAUUGCCAGAGAAAAUUAAUAUACAUAAAAAGAGAAAACCUAAAGCUUUAUCAAAUAAAAACAACAUUUUCCCCUAUUUUUUUCCAAUGUUAUUUACACUUCGUAGAACAGUUUCUUUUCGAUAUUACCAUGUAAGAUUUGAAAGCCCAUUUGCCCGUAUUGGUUAGAUGCUAGCGCGAACAUUUUAUUGGAGCCAACCGGUUUCUUACUCUCGAUCAACUGUCGAGCUGAACAUAGUAAACAUAGAACCAUAGUUUUGUCAUGAAUAAUUUUGAAAUCAGUUACCAUUUUGAAGAUGUGUAUAAAAUCAAUCGCAAUGCAUGCAAUGCAAUUAUCGAAAUUCCAAAAUAGCAACAGGUUUCAAAAAUAUUUUCUCAAUCUACUCUAUGAUUUGAUUCAUAUCCAACUGAAUUUGGUAGUUUUUCGAUUUUUGUCCUUCAAAUAAGAGAAAACAACUAAGACGUUCACACAAAAAUAUCUUCUAAAAGUAACACAAUAAAACGAAUAGUUGAAAAAAAAACCUUAAAAAAAAUCUAUCGUAUUCAAGAAAGAUCGGUUUCACUUAUUGCAUAAACAAAACUACUGUGGCUCAACAUAAUAACAUUGAAACGCCAAUAUAUUCUACUGUCGAUUCUAUAAUGGAAAAAACGACGUUUUAUACGAAAAAUUGUUCAUCGAUAAGAAAAAAAAAACAUCGCUCAUAAACAGACUUAAAAGUAACGCAGAGAUCAAAACAAAACAAAACUAACUAUCACACAAAAAAGCAUAUAAAUCUCAACAAAUAACGAACAAACUUACUCGAAGUAUUCCCAGAAGAAACGUACUGUUUAUAAUUUCAAUAAAAACUGAAGCUAAACUAAAUUGAAUCUCGAAUAGUGUCUGCAAUAGUUGAUAAGAAUUUCAACGAAAUAAAACAGAAAAUCGCUUUAAAUUCCAUUACAGUAGCUGUCCAUUGCAAACAUCAUUAACACUGACGUGUGUGUGUGUAUGGAAACUAACAUGCAAAUAUUUGUCAGAGAAACAUUUUAACGAACGAACGUGCAUGCGUUGUAGAUUCAUUUAGAUGAUUAUUAUAACAAAUGAAUGAACAAAGCCUCCUAAAAAUAGCAACUUCAAAGACCAAAUCUACCGUAUCGAAAUUCUAUUGUAUAAUACAACUACUGAAUACAUUUAAUUCAUAUUCACAUAUUUAUACUGAAUAGAGAUAGAACUGGAUUUCUCGUAGGCAAAAUGAUGAUACACUUAGUGCAAUUAAUAAUCUAAAGACACAUAUAGCGAAAGUUCACUUCGAAUAAUAUUGACAUAGGACAGACCAAAUAGUCUUCGUAACAAUAUUUUAAUUUUUUUUUCUAAAUAACGUCACACACGCUUAUACGAUUCGAAUAGAGAUGCAAUUUUCAGCAAAUCCAAUCCUCAUACAGUAUAAAGUUUUGUUUGCAAGCAAAUACAUGUCAUUCUCAGAUAUGAUUUCCAACAGUACAAUAAAAUAAGAUAUUAGAGAGCUAGAACGGUUUGUUUGUCAUGCGACAGGUAAAUUACCAUUUCAUAUGGGCUCAUAAUGGCUAUAAUUUUUUUUCAUAAUCAACGUCUACCAAAUCGAACGGUUUGAAAUUUCAUUUGAAACAGAACACAAUUCUUGUGACAUCCAAACAUAAGAUCGAUUGAGCAUUUUGAAUUCGAUUCUAACGAAUUUAGUUGUUCGCAUUACAAAAAAUUGAGAGUAUUCGUUUUUAAAGAAUCGAAAAAAAAAAUGAUUUGGUUUUUGUGAUUGGUGCUGUUUUUUUCGAUCGAAAUAGAACGAAAAAUAUGGAACUCUUGUGCGGCAGAACUGUGACGGCCUAUGCUGUACAUAUUAAGCAUGGCUAAGUAAUUUUUGCAAUCGUUAAUUUGUAAGGAAUGUUUAUAUUUUUUCAAAUACAAAUGAAAUUUUAAAAAAAUCCAGUAGAUAUUUCCAAUUUUUUUUUUUUACCUGAGUUUUCUUUUGGAAUUCGAAAUCGAAGCGGUGCGACAUAUUUGCUAUCUCAUACGGGCAAAACAAGAACGAAUACAUAGCCGAGAAGACGUGCGUUCAUUCUCAUUAAUUUAAAACUUGUUUAAAAGUGAUUGUGAUUUAUCUCAAAUUGGAAUUUUUGCAAUGCAGAGAAAAAUAAAUACUGAAACUGAAUGGAACAUGGAAAAUGCAACAGCAACAGAAACAAAUGUAAAUUCAUAGAUAAAAAUAGGACAAACAAUCUGACAAAAUAAAAAUACACAAAGAAAACUCGUUAUUGCUUAAACAAAACUGUAUGUUUUUAAGAUUAACUAUUACGGUAUUAGAGUUUAGGCGACUUUCUUAACAAACAAAAAAAGUCUAGAUAAUAAUACAUAUGGAUAAGAUAAGAAUGAUAACUAUAUAUAUAUAAGUGCAUUAAGCACACAUGCGGGCGUUCAAAGCUUUACAAUUUAGCAAAUUAAAUGGAAAAUGUGACAAAACAUCAAACCAAAUCUACCACACCAUGACGAAUUGAUGCAAUAGUAUACCAUGACCGGAUCUAUUGAAAUUGUCAUUAUGAAUUUAAUUUGUGGAUUGCGUACUAGGACCUACACAUAGGUACAAUAUAUUUAAUUUAAUGAUACAUAGUAUAUAUAGUUACUGUAAGUUUUGAAAUUAGAUUUAGGGCCAUUUUUUUUGUUUUUCCCUUGGAAACUUUUCAUAUGCCAAUGGUGUGAUGAGUUUGAUGCGGACAAACAGAACAGAAUAGCAUGACGGGAUAGUUGAACCAAACGGUAUAAUGCCAAUUCGUUUUUGAUGACGAAAUGAUGGAAAUAUCACUAUUUUUGUAUAACAAUACAUAGUUUAUCCUACUUGAGUAGAAAUUUUCCCAUAUUUCCAAUUUGUAAACGGCAUUGAGAGGCUCAUCUUCUUGAAUGCUGUGCGAUGGUGUUUAAUGGCUGACCAAAAUCCAAGUUUCAUUUCUCCACCAUCAAGCUCACCAUUCAUUGGUAUAAACCGCUUCAAAGAGCACUUAAAUUGACCAUUAGCAAACACACAAGAACUAACCAAACACAAAAAACACACACGUGUUAGUAUAUAUGUAGCGGCGACAAGAUAGAAUGUUCAAAAGAGAAUAAUAGGGUGCCUGAUAUUUGCUACAUAUAGAAUACUAUUCGACUCCAUUCUUUUUCCAUACAUAGUAAAUGAACAUUUGAACCAUGUGGUGCAGUAAAGCAGAUGCGAGUUUUAGGUUUGAAUGAUUCAUUUCAAAGAAACAGAAAUAGAGAAGAAAACCUAAUGGGGCAUUUCUAUGCGAAUCUUAUUGAGUUACUUCGUUUUAUGUAUUGAAACCAUGGUGAUCACCGUGACACACAACUCGACACACAAAACAAACACUUGAACUAUAAGACCUACUGCUUGAAGCACGUUUAGCUUAAGCGUAAUUUUGUUAUGUAUUCAAAUUUGAUGAUGAUAAACCAAAACAAGGAAAAAGAAUUUGUCCUUUGAACUAAUGUUGACUUCUUUAGCCAUAAUAAAUUGAGACAUUUUGCUGUUAAUGUUUUAAUUUGUUUGCCUUACCUUUAUCAUUCGAUUGCUAUAUAAUAUUCAUACAGAUUUUUUAUCUAUCUCUAUCUCUCUCUCUAUCUCUCUCUCUCUCUCUCUCUCUCUCUCUCUCUCAUUUCAAUCACAACAAGUUCAAAUUUUAACAUUACUAGCGUAAUUAGUUAAAACGGUUGAAUGAGAUACGCAGCGUAUGGUUUACAAAUUUUAUUAAAUGCACACACACACACACUUUUCUCAUGAAAUAACAAAAGUUUGUUGUUUUAGAUUAUAUUUCCAUCAGAUAAUAAAUAAAUGCCGCUUGGCAUUAGACAGGCAGCGAAAAGACUUUCUCACAUCAAAUUCUAAAGCAGUGUACAUAAGAAAUGAGAUUAAAUUUCAAAUAAAUUUCAAAUCCAAUUUGGCCAUAUUACGUGCCGGAAUGAUGGAGAACCACUUUGAGUUUGUUCGAUUUGAAUAAAAAAAAUAAUAAUACGAUUGAAAGAGUUAUAUUAAAAAAAAUAUAUAUUUUGUUAUGGAAUUGGUGUAUUCAACGUGUAAAUAUCAAAUGGAGUAGUUUUUGUUUUUUCGUUUUUAUUAUCGCAACGGAAUAUAUAGAGGAGUGAAUAGGACGUUGACACUUGAUUAUUAUUAACUCAGUUUGUAUAUACAGUGUUUUUCGAGAAAAAAACAAUUAGUGAAUUAAUGUAGAGUGUAUUAAAAGUUCGUAAAACAAAUUGUCUCUGAAAAGCUUCAUUUAAAUGAAAAACUCAUAAUAAAAUCGAAAUACUUUGAACUCAAUCCAGAAAAUAAAUAGCCAAAACGUUUGCUCGCGCAAUGCGUCGAAACAAGCGAUGAUUUUUAAACUUGAAAUUGAAAUGAAUUUCGUUUCGGCGCACGUAGAGAAUUAGAAUUAACUGGAUCGGUUCUGUUUGCGACAUAUUCGUUUUAAGUUUCAUUUUCAUGCGCCUAAUGCACAGCGAUGAGGUAUAAAUGAUCCACGCGGUGAUUGUGAUUGAAGUGACAAAGAAAUUGUGACCAAUUCAACUCUAGUACAUUUCUAAAUAAACGUAAUGGCAUAAAAUUAGACAAACUUUUAAACCGUACAUACCAUUAUAGAUUUCUUAACACGGUCCCAUUCUUGGCCCUCAAAUAAUAACAAGUUUACCGUUCUACCCGAAAACAUUCAUUAACUAAAUAGGCAGAAUGUUAUAGCAAAUGUACGUAAGCAAAAAUAUCGAUGUCAGUUGAACAAAAACGUGAGCGUAUUCAUUCCAGGGCCUAAACGUUUUUUUCCAUUUGAUUUUUAUGAUUUUACGAAAUUAACAAAUUUUUGGCUUCAUCAUUUCAUUGAAUUCUGAAUGUUUGACACAAAAAAAAUAUCUUUAGAAAUCAUGCAUUUAUGCAUGAGUGGUUUAAAAAUGAUUUAAGUAAAAGUGAUUUGCUCUGAUUUUGGGCCCUGCCAAAACAUAAACAUAUUGUAUAGCAAAUGAAAAAUGCGCAAAAUAUAAAGUGGGUUCUCGAUGAAUUUCUUCAGUUGGAAUUCAGAUCAACCAGACACGCGGUACACGCUUCUCAUGAAUCGUACAUAAUACAAAUUAAACGAAAUAACAACAAAAAAUUUACUUGUAGGGCAUAAAAAAACAUUGUUUUUUUUUUAAGGAAAACUAAAAAAGACAUAAAUUAGCUCCAAAUCCCGACACAAAACAUAAUAUAACAAACAUGAAAUAUAUCAGAACGGAUUUAUUUAAAAACAAAAAGUAAUAAACUAUCGAGAAAAAAAAGAAGGAAAAACUAACACAUUUUGUUUAUUAAAAUAUGAUUCUCAAAUGUAGGAUAAAUAUGUAUUUGGUUAAAGUGUAUGAUUGAGUUCUUUGAAUUCAUUAAUUUUUGUUAGUUCAAAUUCAUUAAUACUUAUAACGAAAUAUAAAAUGUUAAAAAGAACAAAAAACCAAUAAAGUUAAAUACAUCAAUUUUCUAGAAAA